UGGGUUAAAAUCCAAUUCUCACUUCCCUUGGCUUCCUCUUAUAACGAAAAUGAACCUGCCUUACUUAGGCUUGGUUUGUCGCCAUUAAUAAUAUUACUUGGUUCAACUUUCAAGAGUUUCCAUCUCGGAAUCUCUCUUUACAGUUCGUUUCCGCCAACAGAGGCAGAGCUGUCUAACUACUUCAGUACACUACUUGCAGAUAUAUAGAUCAGAUCAUAUACAAGAUCGCCCACUUCUCAACUUCCCAAGUUGCAGAAGUUUGGGGUAAAGAUACUCAGAAGACAGGACAGAAAAUGGACGGUGCAGAUCGAAUCGGAAGGUGGACGAGCAUCAAGCAAAGGCUAGGAUUGAAAGGCAUGGGCUGUUGUGGGGCCACGUGGAGCCCAUCACCAUCGACUUUGACCAUCAUAGAGACCCUUGAAGAAGAGCACCACCACCGCACCGAGCCCGUUUCGGUGGGACCGGUUCAGGCCGCGGUUCCAGGUAUGAACCUGGCCAUGGCAUUGGCGGCAGAGCGCAAUUCCAGGGCGGGGAGAGAGGGACCCACCACGGCCUCGGGGCAGGUGAAAUCACUGAUGACGUUGAUAGAGGAAAUGGACGACGUUGAUUGGAGCAACAGGAGGAGGAGGGACAACAAGGAAGGAGGGGAUAGUGAUUGGCUGUGCUGCGUAUGCAUGGAGAGGAAUAAGGGCGCGGCUUUUAUCCCCUGCGGACACACCUUCUGCAGAGUGUGCUCCAGGGAGAUGUGGGUCAAUCGUGGUACGUGCCCACUUUGCAGCCGUCCGAUUGUUGAGAUACUCGACAUUUAUUGAAACUGUUUUGUUGUCAAAAUCGCCGUCGUUUUUUACCUUUGCCUCCCAUGGACAGGCAUUUUUUUGGUGUAUGGUACAUAUAAAAUUGCUAAUGCAAAGAUUCCUU